ACUGUGCACGUACUGGACUGCAGUUCGCUUGGGUGGCUCUGCGGGCGGUAGAAUUGCAAUGAAGCUGUUGUGAAAGACAUAUCCAUCAUGGGAGCCGGUAUAACGUCAGGUGAGUGCAGUGAACAAGAUACUGUCAAUAUAAGUCAGGAGGAGGUUUCUGACUGGCUGUAUACCCCAACGGACACUGUCAUCAUAACCAUUAUCAUGCCGAUCAUCUGGUGUCUUGGUGUCACCAAUAACUCAACUUUCCUGUUUGUCAUGCUCCGCGUUCCCAAACUGAGAACAGACACUGUUAAUCUAUACCUUGCACACAUAGCACUAGCUGAUCUUCUCUAUUUAAAUUUGGCAUGUGUGGUAGCCACCUUGAGAUAUUCUGCGUCUGUUGUCGCAUUUCACGAUCCCUUUGUGAAUUCUGCCUAUUGCAUAGGUACUUUUAUGGCUUUUCAAAUUGUCUACUAUGCCUCCAUUGCACUAGUUACCAUGGUAACUUUUGAGAGAUACCUUGCCCUCUGUCACCCCAUUAAGCAUCGAACAAUCCGUGGACGAAGACGAACCUACAGAAUGAUUGCAAUCUGCUGGCUGGUAGGCUUGCUGGUUGCUAUUGCAGCAAUGCCAUCGGUAGCAAAACUAACAGUGCUAUGUCUGAAUUGGCCCGAUGAUGAAGCGUACCUAGACUAUCCAUCAACUAAAGCUUACUGUAGUCCCAUAGCACCAUGGGUAGUCUACUACCUUUCGCCACUGUUCCACAUUCCUUGGCUUAUCUCAAUGGUAGCCAAUAUCUACAUGUACGUGCGGAUCUUAAAAACGCUCAACAAACGCAGCGAUAGAGGUGGCUUGGUCAGUAACGACCCCAACGCUAUACAAAUCCGAAACCAAGUGGCCAAGAUGCUGAUUGUUAAUGGAAUGGUGUUCUUCUUAUGUCAGACACCGUAUCGUAUCAUCAGUCUGAGUAGGUGGAUCUGCAACGUGGCUAAGAUUCCUAAUCCUUUAGUAGCUGGGAUAGGAAGAGAAUACAGAUGGAUAUCCGCCGUUCCCUUGUACAUCAAUGCGAUGAUUAAUCCAUUGAUAUACGCUGCCAUGACCACGACGUACCGGGUAGCAUUCAAAGAGGCAUUUCGCUUUAAAAAACAGCAGCAAGCUACCUCGCCUCUUGCAAUAACUGUACCAGACCAGCAAAACGCAACACGAGUAACUUCAGUCAUGGAUGAGAACACUGAAACCACUGAAACAAGACUGUGA